UGAUAAACUGGGAGUGUCAGCAAAAUAUGGUUUAAAAAGGGUCAUGCGCCAGUCAUUCUUCGGAGGGCAUCACUCACUUCUUGAUGACAACAGCGACCCUACUCCUGACUAUUGGUUGACGCUUCUUUACAAGAGACUUGUUGGCAACAAAGUAUUUGAUGUUCCAUCCUCAUCGGACAACAUCCGGCUGUAUGCCCACUGUACGAAGCUUAACAACGUAUACAACUACAAGCCUGGAAGCAUCACAGUGUAUGCCCUCAACUUGAAUAAAGACCCCGUACUCCUGACUAUAUCGGAUCUGAACAUCAAUAGCAUGGACAGAUUCUGGCUGACUCCGGAGGGAGGAGACCUUACGUCAACAAAAGUCCAACUCAAUGGCAAAACUCUGGAACUUGUCAAUAACCAAAUACCACACAUGAUGCCAAGAUCUUUAAGAAGUGGGACGAUGAAAGUACCCGGAAACUCCUUCGGCUUCAUCGUCAUCCCUGACGCCAACAUUGCGGUAUGCCAAUCACAAGGCCACGGUACCAUUAUCGGAUAACUGAACCAGCAUU